AUGAAUACACACUUUUGGUCCCCCGCCCAUAGCGAUGAGACUGCUGAAGAUGAUUCUGUUUUGGCAAAGCAUCCUCGCAUUCCUUAUACUUAUUUUUGUGGCGACUGUCCGGAGAACAUCGAUCCUUUUGAACCUUCCUGGGAUUGCGAUUCAUGCAACAAGAUGUGGCAUCUUGGUUGCAUCCCAAACUCACCGGACGAUAUAAACCACCCGUUCCACCCAUACCAUCCGCUGGAGCUUCUCAUUGAUGUCCCACAACCACCUCAUCACUCCAAGGGGAAAUGCGAUGCAUGCCAGCAAGAACUCAAGAGCUAUUUCUAUCAUUGUUCCAAAUGCGAUUUCAGCAUGCACGUAAGGUGUUCCAAGAACCCACCACCACCGACUGUAGAAACUCCGAAGUGCCACGAGCAUGCACUCACAUGUAUGGUUAGAGAUGACACGUUCACUUGCAACGCUUGUGGUACCCAUGGUGAACGAUGCCCUUAUGUAUGCGCUCCCUGCGGUGUCAUGUUCCACCGGGAAUGUAUCAACCUACCACACGUCAUAAACAUCAAUCGCCACGACCACCGGGUCUCUCACACCUAUUCUCUUGGUUUUGGGAAUUGGAAUUGCAUGAUUUGUCACAAGAAGGUGGACUGGAGGUACGGAGCUUAUACAUGUUCGACAUGUCCUGAUAAUUAUGUCGUUCACUCCAAAUGCGCAACUAGAGUUGAUGUGUGGGAUGGGAAAGAGCUCGAAGGGGUGCCUGAAGAAAACUUUGAUUCUUCACCGUUCAAAGUGAUUGAAGAGGGAAUUUCAAUUAAACAUUUCUCCCAUGAGCAUAUCUUAUAUAAGAUUGAAGAGGAGGGUGAUAUCGAUACUCAACGUGAUGGAAGCAUACGUUGUAAAUCUUGCCUCCAUCCUAUAUUUUCUGAGAAGCAUUACAAGUGUAUGGAAUGCAACUUUAUCAUCCAUGAAACAUGUGCUAAUCUUCCUCUUCGAAAACGACAUUGGCUCUCCACUAAGCGGUUUUACCUAAACGCCAAUGAGGAUAAUACAAACAAAGCUCUCUUUCAAUGUGGUGCAUGUGAAACACCAUCCAAUGGUUUCAGGUACAGGACUUCUGAGGGAUUAUCACUAGAUAUGCGAUGUGCGUUCGUUAUCUCAUCGUAUUGUGAUUAUGGAUGUCACCCACAUACCCUCUUUCUCACUACGCUGGACAAGGGCUUUUGUGGGGGCUGUAAGCUGACCAAAAAGCAUGUGCUGCGCUGUACUGAAUCUGAAUGUGAUUUCUCCUUGUGCUUGGCGUGUGCUACUCUGCCGAAAAAGAUAAAACGCAAGGGUGAUGCUCAUUUUCUCUUCUUGCGCCGUGGUGAGAAAGCCAGCGGUAAGUAUUGGUGUGAAGUUUGUGAAACUAUUUUAGAUCCACAUAAGGAAUGGUUUUACGCAUGCCAUGUUUCUGGAGUCACUUUUCAUAUUCGGUGUGUGGUAGGGGAGUUUCCAAAUGCUAAGCCAGGAUUCACUUAUCAUUAUCAAUGUGUGCUAGGGGAGGCUCCAUCACUCAUCCACGCAAGAUCCUACCGUACCACGCAAUAUGACGAGGAGAUAAUACGACUUGUUCCCAAUGACCGUAUUACGAGACCAAAAUGCGGCUCAUGCGGCUCUCGUUGCCUACGUCCCCUUAUUUUAGAGCUCUACUUGUAUCAGACUUAUGAUAAUAUUGGCGAUUGUGCGGUGAUAUUACGAGCUGCUAUAAGAGCUACAGUACCUUCAGCCUUCUUGAAGAUCUUACAGACCACACACAGUCUUGGCUACUCUUUUGGCAGCCCACUGUACGAUGAGAUCAUCACGUUCUGCUUGGACCUUGGAGAACUUGAUGCGGCCAUUGCCAUAGUUGCAGAUAUGGUAGACCACAUGGAUUACUGUCCCUGA